AAAAAUAAAAAAAACAAAAACUUAAAAAAAGAGAUAAAUAAAAUCUAUAAAAAAAAUAUAAACAAAUAUGAAAUGAAUUGUAAUUAAAAAAAGCUGUAAAAAACCUUUCAAAAACUCCGCUAAUUCUAAGAAAAAAGUUUGAAAAAAUCUUAAAAUAAAACAAUAAAAAUCCCAAAUUAAUACAACAACAAAAUGGCUGCCACUUUGCAACAACACUGCUCAACUAAUGGCAAUACAACAGCACGCUCCAACAACACUGCCGCCAGUCCAAAUCCUCAACUGAAACGUUUAGUCUAUUCCAAAUAUCGUGAAUUAUUAGGUUCCUAUAAUGAUCAGGCCAAUGCCUAUAUCGAUACACUGCCCUCUUACAUGGUGCACAAAGACACGGGCUUUAAUUUGGAAUUGAAAAAUCCGGAAAUACUUAUAGAUGCCAGCAAACACAAUGCAACAGCAAAUGGCAAUAAUAAUAAUGAAAUGUAUGGAUCUGGUCAACGCAUGCCCGCACAACAGACCUACGAGGCUCCAGCCUGUGUUCAAAAUGCCAUGAUGACAAAAGACAAAAAACCCUUCACCUACACACCCGGUGGCAUUGAUCUCUCCCAAAUCAAAUCGGAACGCAUGGCCAAACGUUUGGCGCGCAACGCACAGGCCGAAGGUGCCACCGGUGCCCAGCAACACAAUCGUCCCACUCAACCGCAAUCGCCCGGCCAGAGCAGCCCAAAUGCGGCCGCCUCCUCUAUGGGAGCCGCAGCCAUGGGCAUGCCCUUUCAGGUGCUACCACCACCGGCGCCGCCUGCACCCGGUAAGAAUUUCAAUGGUGGCAGUGCACCAGCACCACCCCCACCACCACCAUCCUCUUCCAAUUUUUCCAACACAGGCACAGGCACCUUAGCACCACCCAGUGGUAAUGGUGCUGCAGGACGUGGUAGCGCACCCAAUUCACCCAGUAUGCCACGCAAGUCACCAACACCACAACGUUUCGAACCGCCACCAAUGGGCUUUCGACCAGAGAUCAAGAUUCCUACCAAUCCGAUGGCAGCUUUGCGCAAAGUACCGCCACCGGUGGAGAAGAAUACCUUCUGGAAGGAUGAAUAUGUUAAGGAUCGCUCGAAAAGUCCCAUGGUGGAGGUGUCAAGCAGCAGCAGCAACAAUAAUAAUAAUAAUACAGUAGAUAACGACAGCGUUAACAGUGCUAGUAGCUCACCGCAAACGACAAAUGCCCAUGAAAAUGGUACUGCAACUUUGAACAACGAUAAUAUUGAUGGUUUUAAGAAAACGAUGCCCACUACGACUACGAAUAACAAUAAUGCCUUGCAACAAAAUCAAACGAACAACAAUUAUACGAAUUAUCCCCAACAACAAUACACGCCACCCACACCACCCCAACAACAGCAACAACAAUCUCCCAUUAAACCCAUGCAACAAUCACCUCAAUAUGGUGCUGGCCCUCAGCCACCCCUAUCAUCUUCACCCGCUCUACAAACUCAAAUGUCACCACAACACCAUUCACCACAGCAACAGCUAUCAUCUAGACCCGAAUUUCGUAGUGUGGCAGUACCAACAUCACCAGCUGUCAAUGUUUAUACCCGGCAAACUGAUAGUCCCCGUUCAGUGGAGAAUAAUACACCACCCCGAGCCACUGAAAGUCCUUUCAAAUUUGCUCAACAACAGCAGCUGCAGCAACAAAGAGCUCCUCCAGCAGUCUCUCCUUUGGCUCAGCAAUCUACACCUUCAACUGCUUCACCUUCGGGUGCCUCAGUUUCUCCUAAUAACCAGGCACAAGCAGUACCAUGGCGCACUCAACGUAGUCAAACCCAGCAGCCUCAGGCCGCUCCAUCAGUAGUGGCUCAGUCGCAUCCCCAGCCCAUUUAUAAUAAUGUGCAACAACAGCAACCACAACAACAAAGAACUCCUGAUUUUACAACUCAACAAUCGGCUUAUCAAGGUCCUAAACCGACCAAUGUUGGCUCUCUGUACAUUGCACCAUUGGCACCACCCACAGAGCCACAAGCUCAACACAUUGUACGUCAACAAAUGCAACAGCAGCAGCAGCAACAACGUGACUCACCCAUGCGACAAAUGGCACCAACACCAGCCCAACAAGCAGGCGCCCCCCAACAACAAUUACGUUGGAUGAGCACCCAGCCAUUGGCCAAAGAACAACCAGCCUGGGCACGCCCCGAAGAAAAUGGUAAUGUGGUGCCUUCUUCGAUAAAUCGCAUAAAGUCACCACCUCCGGCAACAGCUCAGGCUCAAACCCAGGCCAUGCCACCACAACAGCAGUAUCAGCCCAUAAAUCCCGGCAAUGGUUUUAUGCCACAAACUGCGGCCCAAAACUUUGGUGCUCAGCCACUGAAUACCACAGGUUUGCGCUUGCAGAUCAAUACUCCGGCGGCAGUCAAUCAAACCAAUAGUCAAAAUGGUCCCAAGGAACGCAUUAUACCCAUACAAUUGGAGCAAACACCCACUUAUACUCCAGCUCAGCCCAGCUUUAAUCAACAGCAACAACAACAAUAUGGACCGGGUGCCUCUGGUCCCGGCUAUGUUGUGCGUACACCCAAUCAAUUCGUUGAUCAGGGUUACAAUAACUUUGGCCAGCAGCAGCAACUGCAACAGCAGAUGCAGCAACAAUCACAACCCCAACGUGUAAUGUCGCCAACUUUGCAACAAUUGAAUGCACCACGCAUGGUGCAACAAACUCAAAACAAUGUGGCCGCAGCAACGGGCAAUAAAACUCACAUUAUACCAAUUGCUUUGGAAAAUAAUGAAGGCACUCGCGGGCCCAUCUCAAAGACACCCAUCGUUAUACAAAAUGAUCAACGUACACCACCAGUACAAUCGAAAUCUUUUAGAAUUUUACAAAAAAUCACAGAUACUAUCGAUGAUGCCAGUAACGAUGACAAUGCAAACCAGCAGCAGCAGCAAAUACAACCGCCAGCCGAACCGCAAUUACAGCGUCCAACAUUUGCACGUCAAAUGAGCGCUCAACAGGCCCACCAUAGCCCCACAGUCGAACAAAUGAGACGCAUGCAAAUUGGACAUGAACAAGGUAACUACUCAGCGCCCACAACGCCUUCUGCAUUAAAAUAUAAUCAACCACGCUCUUUCUAUGAUAACUCUCAACAAUAUAUACCACCCAGUGAACAACAAGUACCCGAACCGAAAAAAUAUACCGGUAGCGCUAUACCAAGUCGAUCAUUUAAAAUCCUACAAGCCAUGACACAACCAGAAAAUGCUGACGAACAGGAAAAUUCUCAAAAUAAUAACGAAAUGAACGAAAUUGUAUCAAAACCUGAAAGUAAUAGACAUUCAUAUGCUUCCACUUCAUCUACCGCUGAGCCGGUAUCAUCAUGUUCAUCUACUUCGAUUAGUUCGGAAUUGGCUUUCUCAUCAUCACCCUCACCCACACCGCCACCCUCACAACCUCUAUCUUAUCCACCCUAUCCAUAUCCCUAUGGUUAUCCCUGGUAUCCACCACCACCCCCCACUCAUAUGCCUGGUGAUAAUUCUGGUGCUCCCCCCAUUCCCUAUGGUAUGCAUUAUCCUUAUGGCAUGCAUUCUGCCACACCACCUCCACCCCCAGUUUCAGCAGCUGGCGAUCAGGCCAAUCAUCCUACACAUUAUGCUCCCUAUCCCUAUUACUAUCCUUAUUAUCCCCCUCCCCCCACACACAUGUCACCCUAUUCUAAUGGUGCCCCCACAUCUGAAUAUGAUUUACAAAAUAUGUAUCCUUCUUAUAUGCCUCCACCGCCACCAUAUUUAGCUUAUCCUUAUCCCGUAGCUCCUAGUUAUAGUCAAAGUUCCAGCUCAAGUAGGGCCAGUAGUGUGUUGCCCGAUAUUAUCAUAACACCCAGUACCGAUGAUGUACCCUCUCAAGUCAUUAUGAAACAUCACAUUAAGAUGGACAAAGAAACUCGCAACAAACGCGCCAGCUCCAUAGAAAUUGAAGAUGUUACCUCGCUCAAGUCAAAUCCCCCAGCCGAGGGCUCGGUGGUGGAUAUUCUAACCCAGCAUUUGCAAAACAUGUCCAAGUGCAUGGAGAACAAUUUGAAUACAAAGCGUCAAGCAAAGAAAUCCUAUAAAAAGAAUAUUGAUCAAAAGUCGCCGGAAGACAAUACUUCACCUGUACAAAUCACCAUGGUAAUGACAGAAUCGGAAAAGGAUUCGGAUAGCGAAACCUCCGAUUCGGAAGUUACACCCAAGCAAAUGGAUAAAAAGGGGCCGGUUCCUCUGAAAUCCAUUAGAUCCGUUAACAAUGUACAAAUCUAUAAGAACCAAAAACUGCAGCAGGGAGAAGAAGAUUCCAGUUCUGAGUCUGACUCAGAGGAUGAUGGUGAGACUACUGCCGAUGGUGAAAGUGAUAUUUUUGAUGAAGAAGAGGAGGAGGAGGAGGAACAAGAAAAUAAUCAUCAUCCGCAUCAUGGUUUUCCAAUAGAAGAACACUUGGAACAGGAAGAAGAGUCGGACAAUGAAGAGUUCAUAAUGGACGACAAUCUAAGUGUCAUCUAUGAAGAGGAGAGUGAAGUGGAAAAGAGCAGCGAUAUGGCCAAGACGGUAAUACGAGGCGACAGAUCUACACAAAGCGAUGAUUUGUCUUUAGACAAAGAUGAUCCUCCUGAUGGUUUGAAACACAAAAUAGAAGAGAAUGAUGAUGAGGAGGAGGACGAAAGAGAUGAUUCCACUUCUGUUACCGUAAGACUGCCUUUGAAAUUCUCUUUUAGCAACUCCAACAAUGCAGAAAAUAUUGCCACCGUGGAGGUGGGCAAAUCCCAAAUAGAAGAAAAGAGAAAUAGUAUUUCCUCUCUAGAAAAACGUAAUUCAUUUAGUGUGGCCACAAUUAACAGUGAUCCAGAGGAUGAUGAUGAAAAUGAUUACGAUGAUUGUGAUGUUAGUGUUACGAUAUCCUUAACACAAUCCUCCAAAUCAGAUUCUUUGAAAGCUAAACAGGAAAAGAAAAACUUGGCUGAUCUGUAUCCUAUAGAAGACAUGCCCAAGCCCGAAGAAGCUUUGCCACAUAUUGACACCAGUCAAGAAGAUGUUUCUGUUUCAUUAUCGUUAAAUAUGCGCAAUAAAUUUGCCCAUGAAACCUUAUAUAAUGGCAUAAGCAACAAGGAAACUGUAGCAGAGGAUAGUAAGGAAGUAACGCAAAAAGUGUUGGAAGCUCCGGAAGAAUUGGAUUUCUUUGCAAUGUUAAUGGCUACCAAAAUGCAGGCCCAAAAAGUUAAAGAACAAUCAGCUAGUUAUUGGGGUAAGUCAACGGAAACUAAGGAGGAAACAGCAGCACAAACCGAGCAGCAAACCCAGGAGGUAAACAACACAAAACCAGAUUCCUUGGAAACUAAGGAAAACAAAAUGAAUUUCUGGAGUAAAUAUGGCAAUAAAAUUGAAACAGAAACUACAAAGCAGCAGGAAAACAAAACUGAAAAAGAAAAAUCCAAGGAAAUUCCAAAUAAAGGAGAAGAAAUUAAAAAACCUGAAAUCUCCAGCAGCUUGAAAACUGAGAGCAAAACAGAAAAGUUGGAGGAUACUUCCUCAAAACCCCAAGAAGAGCUGAAAAAGCCCAAAUUUAGUUUCUGGGAUCGUUGUUCUUCGGUUAGCAAAGAUGAGCAAAAGGAAGUAAAAGAAACUAAAGUAGAUCUGAGUAGUAGCAGCUGGGAACGUUAUACAAACCCCACACAACAAGCAGAAAAAACUGAAAAUAUACUAGAAGCCUACAAGUCUCCUGAAGAGAAUACCCUAGCCCAAGCAAAAACAACUAAAGCAGAUUUGUCUACUACAUUCUGGGAACGUUAUUCCCAAACAACUCCAGCACAAGAGGAGAAACAAGUAAAAACAGAUGAACUAGCAAUGGAAACUCAAAAACCCAAAGAAAUUGUGCACACUAAUGAUUGGAAUAGUUACUUGAAAUCCAACGAAGAAGAUAAAACACAACACGAACAAUGUAAACCUGAAGAAAUUGAGGACAUUUGGGCUCAACGUAAGGAAGAAGAUAUAAAGAAGCCAGCUUUCAGUUUCAGCAAUAAAUACUCCAAUAAAACAGAAGUAGAAGCUUCACCUGCUGCUAAGGAAACACAAGAAGAAGUAGUGGAUAUUUGGGCUGACCGAGUAGAAGAUUUGCCGCCCCUUAAAUCAACUAAAACCAAACACAAGUCCUUGGAAUCGGCCAAGAAUUCCUUCUGGUCUUCAGUAAAUGAGGCCAACAAAACAUCGCUUGAAGGCGAACAACAAAGUAAAGUGAUAGAGGAAAAACCUGUAACAAAACCAGAAACCAUUACACGAAAGGAACUUAAUAUGAAGGUGCUAAGAUCAUUUGUCAAAGAGCUGCCUCAACCUCAAAUAGCUUCGGUUCACUAUGAAGAGGAACAUAUAUUGGAAGCUUCUGUUUCACAUCAAGAAGAAACUGAGGAAAUUGACUUUUGGGCUCAAAUUGAAAAGGCACGUGAUAGCAAGACUCCAGAGCCAAAUGUAAUUGUUCAAGAGCCUUAUUACGUCAACAACUUUGAACAGCUACAAACCGAAAAUCAAGACUCCACAUACCUUAACUCAUUUGGGGAGCAGGAGACCAGCAUGUUUAAUGAUGAUAAUAUGCCUAACAAUACACCUGCCUUUGAUCCUUACAAAUACCCAGAGGAACCCAGGGAAGUGGAUACCGAUGAAGAAAUUGACUUCUGGGCGGAGAUUGAGGCCAAAAGACAUUCACAAGAAGACGAUGUUACUUUCCAUAAAUCGGCUUCAUUUUGGGCUUCUAGAGAACGUCAUAAUUCGGUGGAUGAGACUCCCUAUAAACCAGUGUUGCCUAAGGCAUUCCAUGCCAAACUACCCGAUGAGCCUCCAUCAGCAGACAUUAAUAUUUGGGAGGCUUUAGAGGCUCACAAAGGUGAAGAGCCUGUUAUUAUAGAUCCCGAGAUAGAGGAAGAAAAGGCUUUAGUCCAGGAAUAUGAUGAUAUGUCCCAACAUGAAGCAGCAGAAGAAGGAGAGCUCCAUAAUGAUGAUACAGUUUCAGUACACGAAGCCGUGGUGGCUGCUGUAUGGUGUGCACCAGCUCAAGUAAAUCAAAUGGAAGAGUCGGAGAUAAUGCAAGAACCACAAAUAGACUAUUGGGCUCAAACCACAGAACAACCACAGGAAUAUCCACAAGAAAUUAAAGAGGAAUGUGUUGAAAUUAAGGCAGGCCAGGAGGAAUUGGAGAUCAAGCGAAAUAAUUACAGAAAAGCCAUGGCUUUCUUUACCACCUCCAUAGAUGACAACAAAGAACAAAGUGUUGAGCGUUAUGAGCGCAGCAAAAGUAAAUCGCAGAGAUCCUCCUGCAUAGAAGAAGAAAACGAGGCCUGGGAUUGGGAUGCGGUUAGCGAAGCCUUGCAACAGGAUACAGGAGCAACACAAAAUGAAACAACAGUUGAAACCAAGGAAUCGGCAAUUGAGGAAACAUUUGAUAAAGAACUUACACCACAAAUGGCUCCCAGCACUACAACCAUCCCAGAAGAGAAGACAUUGCCCGAUGUUUAUGUGGAGCCCACCUUAAAACGUUUGCCCAAUGGUUUGCCCGACUUGGAGGUCAAUAAAUUUAAUGAGGAAAGAAAAAUCUCGGUGAAAUCCCGCAUCUCAGCCUUUGAAACUGGAGCUGUAGAAUCUCCGGUUACAGAUUCACGCCGAAACUCGAUUAAAAAUCAAUCUUUAUCCGUAGAGAGUUAUACGAGACAAAGUUCUCUGUCACGCAACAGCAGUACCCAACGUUCCGAAUCCGAAAUGGAUGAGGAUGAUUCGGGUGUAACUGACAUGAAUAAACAGCUAUCGGAAACGGACACUGAAUCGGAAAGCUUCCCUGAAUUGCGUAAAAUGUCUUCAUACCAAAGAGCCGCUACUCACUCAAGAUUGUUUAAACUCUUGCAAGAUGACCCCGAUGUAGCGGAAAGCAAUCAGAAUGCCGACGAAUUCCAAUUCAAGCCCAGUCGCCGCAAAAUUGUGCACAAUGUCAGUAUUACCCGCAAACAAAAUCCCAAGGCCUUGGCCGAGGCCGAAAGCAUGACCCAAAGAAGAGAACGUUUGUCUUUGCCGCUGCGCAAAAACACCAGCAUAGAUGCGGACAACCCCUCAACACCCAACAGCCCCGCCUCACCCAUAAUGGGCCACACAGCCAAUAAAUCCUCGGUGGUUAGUGAUAAGUUGGUCAGUGAGUUGGUGCAGAGUUUGUUGCUGAAAAGCGAUAGCACGCAUUUCAAAAAAUUACCCAUGGAAAAGCUGCAGGCAGCUGCCAAAAGAGUUUUAGAAGAGGAACUGGAUUCCUUAGAGAAUACCUCGGUAGAUUCCACCCCAGCCAUGACACCCAACGAAAUGAAAAAGGAUAAAUCCUAUGCCGACUACUACAACACCUGGUCGGAUGCCCAGGGUUCCGAGGAGAUUGUGCCCUCGAAAUCUUUCAGAGCUUUGCAAGACACCAAACGCAGUCCCUGGACUGCCAGAUGUCCAAGAGUAUUAGGUUCGAAAACCAUUAACCGGGAUUUGGCUAGAGUAACAGAAUCACCGGAGAUUUCUAUGCGCAUCAGCAAAAGUCCCGAAUGUUUCAGACAGUCCCGGGAAAAUUCUAUAGGAAAAUGGAAAAAAUCAUAGUUUAGGCCAAAAGGGGUACAGGAAGAAAAAAACGGGGCUAAACUAAACUCACUAAACAGUUGGUAUUAGGACUUAAUUAAGAUACAGGGGAAACGUAGAAUAUAAGUUUAGAUUUAACUGCCAUUUACGGAUAUUUUAAUUAAAAAAAAAACAAGGAAAACAGUUCAAAACUCCUAGUCGUAGUGCAGGCGCAAAAAAGCUUUUUAUUCCAAAAGGAAAUUUGAAAAAAGUUUUAAACUCUCAGAAACCAGAAAAAACAGAAACACAAGCAUUAUGAUCUUAAAACAGUUCCUAGAACUAGGACGGACUAUGUUCGAAAUUUGCAUUUUUUUUAUUAAAAAUUGAAUCAAAUUCAAUAAUAUUUUAAGUCUCAUGUCAAGCACUCAAACCUCAUCUAUAACAACUCCAUGCUCAGGCACCUCAUUAUAACAUUUAUUUGUAUAUUUUUUUACCAGGCUAUGAUCAAUCAAUUGUCGUUCAUUCUUUCGUUAAACAAAAAUAAUUAAACAUUCUUUUGUUACCUUCAAAACAAAAUUAUAUAAAAAAAAAAUAUGUAAAAAUAUGAUGCACCACCACCACCACUAAAACAAAAUCUCUUACAUUUUAAUUUGUGUAAAUUACCAAAAAAAAUCCGUAAUCCGUACCACAAAAAAAAAUAAAACUCCUCCAAAAUAAAAAUCAGUCAAUCAAAUUUCUAUAAUCAAAUAAAUCAAAAAAAUAAAACCAUGUUCAAAAAUUCUAAGGACCUGGACAAUCGGAUCUAUAAUUAUUUUCUUUUAUGCCAUAGAAAUUAAUUAUAGAUUUCCAUUGACAUUGCAAAACUUACAUACAUACUUAUGUCCAAUAUUAUAGAAACUUUAAAAAGUUUUGAAUUUCAUUUAUUCAAAAAAAAAACACACACACAUAGAAAUAUCGGGUUUAUUUUUACAUAAACCAAAGAUACAAUUUUGGAGAUGUUUGUUAAAGAAAACCGGUGGCGUUAUUUAAUUUAAAAAAGCAAAAGUUUACUAAAUAAAUAAAAAAACAUAUUUUAAUUUUAAGUUUUAACAAAAAAAAAGGUAACAACAAUUCUUAAGUUUUAAGAAAAGAAAAAGAAAAGCUAUAAAAACAACUAAAAACUUAUGUUUAAUUAGAAAACUCAACAAAAAAAAUAAACAAUUUUAACGAUUUAAAAACGACAAAAAAGCGCUAAUUUACAUUUAACUUUAACUAUUAAUCAUUUCAUAUUAUUUUAUUUUUAUUUUAAAGAAAUUUCAUUAACGAAUUUAUCUAUUCAUUUCUUAUUAAAAACAACGAAAUUUAUUUAAAACCAAAUGUCCAAUUUUAACAAUUUUGUAAGAGAAAGUAUAUAUCAUCAAGAAUUCAAAAUAUUUGAUUUUAAUUUAAUUGUUAUUAAUUUAUUUUUAUUUUAUUUUUAUUAUUAUUUAAUAUUAUAUUUUAUAAUUUAUCAUUUAAAAAAAAACAGAUCAUUAAUUAAUAAAUAAUUGUGUUUUAUUAUUAUUAUUAUGUUUGUAGCAUCAUUUUGAGCAAAAUAAAUAAUUCAUUUUUUAAAAAUAUUGCAAAACAAA